AUGUUGAAGGAUGUUUUCAUGCAGGGAAAAACGUCCCUUCCUACCAUCCGGCCGAUCGGCACAGCACCAGCCAUAUCUGAAAUACCUAUCACUGAAUUCCGCUGCAGCAAUCAAGAGUUCCCCGGAUACUUUGCCGACGUAGAGACGGACUGCCAGGUGUACCACAACUGCCUAGCGGAUGGCCGUAACUCGAGCUUUCUCUGCGUCAACGGCACAAUAUUCAACCAGCGAAACUUCGUGUGCGACUGGUGGUACAAGUUUGACUGCCGCAAGGCACCCAGCUUUUACCACCUAAACUUGGUCCGGAACAAGAAGAACGGCUCCAAAGCUGCGUCUACCGAAGGAGCCCUUCCUGUAGCCCCGAAAGCCUUGCCGCCGCCACCACCCCCGCCUCGGCAGCAGCCCAGCAGCAAGCGCUACCUAGAAAAAGAAACACGACCGAAGCCGUCCUCUUCCUUGACUUCACGUUACAGCAAGUCUUCCCCGAGGCCGCCACCACCGAAGACGCCUUCGAAGACAUCAGCCAGAGCGUCUCCCAAAACCCACGAGCCUCUGAUACUGCUUCCGUUGCUCAGCAUCGGUGCGUCAUCCGACAGCAGGAAGACAAAACAGACAACCACACCUGCGACGACGCGAGAACGUUCGUCGCGAGGCAGAAGCCGAGUCUUCGCCAAAAUAAGGGACGACCAGGAGCCGGAACCUCGACCAUCAAAAAGCAAGGCUCGGGCCAAAGCCGAGAAGGUGGAGAUUCCAGAACACGUGAUGCCUACGUUUAGUGGGGACACUGACAACCAUAAAAAUGGCGGAGGAUUCCAGGAGUGGACCAGCAUCGGCGCUGUCUCAGGAAGGCCAUCGGUCACUAGGGUGCAGUUCCACACGUUUUCGGCGAAUCCGCCCCGAUUCGACCCACCGCUACCGGAGCAGGAGCCAGUUAUCGAUCCAUCGAGCUGGCUUGACGAUGACUUCAAUCGGCAACCAGGUGCCGGCAGGGAAGAGUUCCGAGGAGAGGUUGAAGACGCCAGAUCUCAAGAGGAGAUAGCGCCCGAGGGUGGUCCGUCUACCCCGCAGCCUGAGCUAAGGCGCAGCAAGUCAGAGCCACCUACGGACGAUGUGGUGCGCCUGGCGAAGGCGUUGCCAGAGCCACGCACAAAAAGUUCGCGUAGUAGUUGGAGCGGAAAGAAGGAAGCUUUUCCUGGGCUGCAUGACAAGAGGCGGCUUUUCUACAGGUUUCAACCCAGCGAGCCAUUCGGCGGCUUCGGUGCUCUGUCAUUUUUCGGCCGAACGCGAGGACCGAUGAAGGACCUCUCAAAGUUGCCUCGCCUCGUGUCUGUCAAGCUAAACAAGGUGGAGAAGAAAGAUGAGGAGCAUGCUUACAAGCCACUGCUGUUGGCGGUCAAAUUAGACCAGUCGUCCGAGGUGGACUCCAGACCGGAUAAAGGAGCGCCGCCAGGCCUAUGCUUCUGUCCCUGCCACUAGUGCCUUUUUCACUGUGCUGCCAACGAAACGCCACCUAGCCCCGACUCGGGGGGCACUCGCUCCACGCGGAAAGUGCACAUGGUCACAAUGUGUUUGAAUGAAAUUAGAACCGAGGCUUGACUGCUUAUGGAAGACUUCAGAUAAGAUUGAUAACCACGAAUCGAAAGGCACUCGGAAUACUACUGCAGAGCGCAAUGUAUAACGGUGUUGCUUUUAGUGCCUGCUAGGACCGUGACUUUAUGGACAAGCUCACGCGGCUGCGUAGGUCUGUUCCUGUGCUUGGUCGUAUUGGUCUUUUAUGCUUUUCGUUCCCGAGAACGUUGUGUCAACAGUUUGUUCGACAGGUCUAGUUGUGUGGAUACGUAAUAGAAAGCCAAACUAGGCUGGAAUCCUUGCCUGAACUGCGCUUGAACUUAAAUGCUGUGGUGCAAAUUACUCCGGAAGUCAAUGUACUGUGCCUGGAAUAUUGCAACUCUGAUUAUUUAAAUUGUUUUGAAGACCUACUAAAAUUGGUCACAGUACUUCCGUGGCAGGCAUCUGAAACAAAACACGAAGCAGCGUGCAAAAAAUACUGCACGUCUAAUAUCAAUUGCCGUAAUCUUGGUUACAGCAAACAUGGUAAUUUGUAGAAU